AUGCCACACAGGUGUGUCGUCUUUGGUUGUUCCAACACAGCGAAUUUACGCGAAGGAAUUGCACUGCACAGAAUUCCGUAUGCGAAUGAUAUGCGGCCCGAGGCAAAAAAGCGAAGAAAGACUUGGGUAGAUUUUCUCCGACGGAAACGUGAAAGAUGGGAGCCUUCUGUCCAUUCAGAAGUUUGCUCUAAACAUUUUAAAGAAGAGGAUUUUGUGAAUCGCUACAUUGGCGUCAAUGAAAUGCCUGACGCAGAUAAACCAUUGCUCGUGGCUCCUCGCUUGAAGCAAGACAAUAUAGGCAUAUGUGUGUUUCCUUCAAAAUACUGCGAGACAAGUAGCACGUUAUCCGCGAGAGACCGCCGUCGAAUAACUCUUCGUGCUAAACAAAACAGAUUAUGA